AGUUUUUAAAUUGCAUUUUUUGAAAGUUAUGUUUAGCUGUGGUAGUAAAGUUGAAGGAUCUAGCAUAGCAGGAGUCAGGAAAUAAUUGAGGAAUAGGUGUUUGUUUCUAGGGCUGAAAAUUUGGUUGAUUUUGGUUUUUCUAAAGCAAGUUGGAGGAUCCCUUACUUGGUUUAUUUUAGUUUGUUUAGGGUCAUUUUGAGAUAUUAUGCAUGUCGGGUUCUUAUCUGGUGGCUGAGGAUGGUGGGCCCCGUAGUCGAACUGGGGGGAUAAGUGUCUCUCUUUCUACUCCUGAUGGUCACGUUAUGGGUGGUGGAGUUGCAACACUGAUUGCUGCAAGUCCAGUUCAGCUGGUGGUAUGCAGUUUCGUCUAUGGAGGAUCUAAAUCCAAGAAUAAGCAACUAGCUAGCCCCAAAGACAACAAGGAUUCUCCACUGCAAUCCAAUAAUAAAACAGCUACUCCAAGUAGUGCACCUCCGACCCAAAAUUACUCUCCAGCUGGAGGAAUGAUUGCUUGGCCUGGUUCACAGUCAGUUGAUCUGAGAAAUCCCCACACUGAUAUUGACUUGACACAAGGAUGAUCGUUUGGUGCAACCGAAACAUGGCAUCUUUGUACAAAUUUGUUGUUGUACAUGUACCUUGGCAACUAUGGAAAAUGGAAAUUCAAAUCCUUCCUGUCUGCUUGAUGCGACCAGAAGGGCUCGUUCUAACGUAGUGUGUAACCAUGACCAUGAGGUUAACAGAAUUGAAGUUCCCCUAUUAUUUAAUGUUAGAGAUAUGUUAAUCCGUUGCUAGCACGGAAUAUCAGCCAUUAUUUUGACUUUAAUUUAAGAUGGUCUUGCAAUCAAUUUCCUAAAUUUUCAUUGAAAUCAUUAGCUUUGUGAGUCAUAAAGCUAUGAAAUUCUA